AUGUCUGCUGAACAACCCACUCCGGCCCCGGCUCCUGCCGCCCCCGCGAAAGACGAAGCCACGCCUGGCCCCACAACUGCGGAGAAGAAGAUCCCUGCAACGCAGAAGACAUGGCGCGUGACGCGCAAGGGGAAGCCGGAGGACGUGCUCAAGCUCGCGGACGCGCCGGUCCCGACGAAGCUGAAGAAGGGUGAGAUACUCCUGAAGGUGCAGGCCGCGGCGCUCAACCCUGUAGGGCACAAGGCGAUGGGCUUCCUGCCAAGCUUCCUGCUCAAGCGCUUGGUGUCGACAGAGUUCGACCUCGCGGGCGUCGUUGUGGACGGUAACGGCACAGACCUGAAGGAAGGCGACGAGGUGUUCGGCUGGAUCCCGCUGAAUCAGAACCUAAGCACGGGCCAGGGCGCGCUCUCGCAGUACACGCGCCUCCCAGCCGUGGACGUCGUCCUGCGCCCGAAGAACGUGACGCCCACGGAAGCCUCAGGCUUUACCGUCGCGGGCCUGACGGCCUACCAGGCGCUUUUCGACCUUGCGAAGCUGAAGGAGGGCCAAUCCGUGUUCAUCAACGGCGGGAGCACCGCCGUCGGGUCGUUCGCGAUCCAAAUCGCGAAGGCAAAGGGCGCGCACGUCGCCGCGAGCGCAUCUGCAAAGAACGAGCAGUACGUGCGCGGCUUGGGCGCCGAUGAGUUCUUCGAUUACACGAAGGCGCCGCUGCACGAGCAGCUCGUGGCAGCCAACGUGACGCCUAAAUACGACGUCUUCUAUGAGACGGUCGGCAUUCUGGACCCUGCGCUGUUCGUGCACAGCCCGGCGUACCUUGGGCCUAAGGGGAUCUUCUUGUCGGUCGGCCCACAGGGCUCUGGGAUCGGGAAUAUUGCGAGCUUUGCGUGGAACGUGCUCCUGCGGCCGUCAUUCCUCGGCGGUGUGAAACGCAAGUGGAAGCUUGUAGCGGUGAAGCCCGUUGCAGAGGACCUGAAGGGGUUCGCAAAGUUGGUCGAGGAAGGCAAAGUUCGACCGGUGGUGGACUCGGUGCACGCGUUUGAACAGGUGCUGAAGGCAUACGAGCGGAUUCUGACGAAACGGGCGACGGGGAAGGUGGUAGUGAAGGUGGACCCCGACGCAGCGUGA